AUGAAGCUUGUGAAUGGAAGAACAAUAAUAAGAUAUCAGAAUCAUACGUUCUCUUACAAAGGGGUAAAGGGCAUAGGUCGUUCUAGGUAUCUCUAUUGUUCUAAAAAGGAUACAUUCAAAUAUUCCUCUCGUCUGAAAAUGUCCAAGGAUGUCAAACUAGAGUAUUUGAAAACUGACAGAGGACUGUUGCCAUACUUUAGACGACAUACCUUCUCGUUCGUCGGUAAUAAAAGGAGAUAUCUGUGCUGUUCAAAGAAGAAGAGAGGCGGUUGUAGCGCCAAGUUAACUAUUGACGCAGAGGGUCGCUUCAUCAAAGGUUUCCUGCAACACAACCACCAGCCUCCAGAGUACCAUAAAACUAAAAGCGGUGUAUACGUUAAGAUUGGAACAUUAAAUUACAAUUACACUAUAUUACCGAUGUGCGGUAAUAAAUCGGCGAUUAUGUUUGAAAACUACACGUAUUCAUACCAUGUAAGAGGUGGACGGACGCUGCAAUGUUCAAAGAAACUGAGCAUGCAGUAUCUGAAAUUCGAAGUUAUAAGAGUUUCAAAGGUGAAGCGGCCGUUACUGCUCGUACAAAACUAUACAUUCGCUCAGACAACCAGCGAUUUCCGAUACUGGAAUUGCAGUCGAAAGUCACGGAAAUGCGGUGCAAGACUGCGCUUUGACAACCACGGUCGCUUGGUUUUCUCAUCAUUGGACCACAACCACGUCGCCCCGUUGUAUUUCAAGCAACCCAAUGGUUUGCAUGUUAGAGUGCGAUAA